CGCUCAUUCGCUUUGUGUUCCUGUCAGUCCCAGUCCCUUCAGCUCAGAGGAACAGGGAUCCAGCGGAAGUUGUACUGAGGAGGACUGUGUUCAAGCUAAAGCUACGGAGCUGAAAUGAGUUUCCUUGGAGGUCUUUUUGGUCCUGUGUGUGAAAUCGAUGUCAUUCUGAACGAUGCUGAAAGCAGGAAAACAGCAGAGCUGAAGACGGAGGAGGGGAAAUUGGAGAAGCAUUAUAUGUUUUAUGAUGGAGAAUCGGUUUCAGGAAAGGUAAAUAUCAAUGUGAAACAAACAAGCAAAAGGCUUGAACAUCUGGGAAUCCGCAUCGAGUUUGUUGGACAAAUCGAGCUCUUCAGUGAUAAAAGCAAUACUCAUGAGUUUGUAAACCUUGUGAAGGAGCUCGCUCUGCCUGGGGAGUUGACACAGAACCGCAGCUAUGACUUUGAGUUCAUGCAGGUGGAAAAGCCAUACGAGUCCUAUGUCGGAGCGAAUGUGCGGCUGAGAUAUUUCCUUAAAGUUACAAUUGUAAGGAGGCUGUCUGAUUUGGUAAAGGAGUAUGACCUCAUUGUCCAUCAGCUGGCCACCUACCCUGACGUCAACAACUCUAUCAAAAUGGAAGUGGGCAUUGAAGACUGCCUGCAUAUAGAGUUUGAAUACAAUAAGUCCAAGUAUCACCUCAAAGACGUAAUUGUGGGUAAAAUCUACUUCUUACUUGUACGAAUUAAAAUCCAACACAUGGAGCUUCAGUUGAUCAAGAAAGAGAUGACGGGAAUUGGGCCGAGCACAACUACUGAGACAGAGACUGUGGCCAAAUAUGAGAUUAUGGAUGGAGCACCAGUCAAGGGUGAAUCCAUUCCCAUUCGCCUUUUCCUGGCUGGUUAUGACCUUACACCCACAAUGAGAGAUGUAAACAAGAAGUUCUCUGUGAGGUACUUUUUGAACUUGGUGCUUGUAGAUGAAGAAGAUAGGAGAUACUUCAAACAGCAGGAAAUAGUUUUGUGGAGGAAGGCACCAGAGAAAAUGCGGAAACGGAACUUCCAUCAGCGCUACGAGUCACCUGAGCCUCGGCCGAGUCUCUCUGCUGAGCAGCCGGAAAUGUGAGCGGGUUUUGGAGAGCAACCAGCCAGGGACACACGUGCCUCUCAGUGACCAGUCGCAGGAGAGGAGAACAAAUUCCACUGAACAUACAUGCAGAUCGCUGUUCACAUGGUCACCCCUCACAGCUUAUGGUGAUAAACUGUGCCUGAAUUGGCUCUGCCCUCCCUGUUGUCCACAGCAAGCAAUCUGUUAUUACACAAGGACACUUUUUUAGAAAGCACUGGAAACGGUCAUUUAAGUCAUAUAGCACAUCUUCAAGGUUGCACGCAUCCCUAGAUGAAGAAAUGUUUUUAAAAGUGCACUCACUGGUAUCCUCUAUGUUCCAAAUAAUAGAGCAGAAACACAUUUUAAAGAGCUUCAUCAUGCAUGCUAGCUGGUGAAUCAGAGUUCAUAGUAACAGUUAAUAAAGGCUAUGGGGUCAUUUAAAAAAAAAAGGUCAAGAAAUGGAAUGGUACCCAGGCUGCACUGUAUUUGCAAUCCACUUAAACAUUUCUAUUUAACUUAUUUAGCGUCUUCUUUUUUGUUUUGUUUUUCUUAAAUAUUCCUUGAAAUAAAAAAAAAUGAUAUGUCUAUAUAUAAAAUAUUUAAAGAGGCUUUGGACUAGAAGCUUUAUAAAACUAGGGCAGUUUGUGUAAUUAUAUUGGGCACAUGUAUUCAACUUGUUUGCCCCGUGUUGAACACACUGGCUUAGUAGUAAAAGAGGGCCACUUGAACUUCCUAAUGAGCUUUCUGAGAUGAUUCAUCAGCAUCGCUAUACAUUGCUAAAUAUCAUCUCUGCUACAAACUUACAUUUCAUAUCGUCUAAAUUGUUAGACACCUUAGAGAAAUGAUGGGAUUGUUUUGUUGUAAAAUUUGCAUGUCAUCCUGCUUUAAGGCUUUCUAACAAAACGAUGUUAACAAUAUUUCACUGUCGCAAAUGUAUUCGUUCUUAUUUUAUGUGGUUUGUGGAGUAAAUGUGUUUAUUUGGACUUUUUUGAUUUCACUCUAAACAUUACAUUUAUUCUUUUUUCCCUACUGCUUUGAUUUUAAAACGCACUACAUUACAAAUGGAAAGUCUGUGUACAAAACUAUUAAGUGCCCCAAUGGUAAAGACACAAUGACUAAUGAAGUAGUUGUGCUAUGGCAACCGUGUCAUUUGUACAUCAUGAAAAUUGUACAUAUCCCGCCAUAGUUUGUUUAUCUGCCAUUAUGUCAAAUAAAAAUGCCAGUUUAUACUUA